UAGGUAAGAAGGUGUUGUGUACUUCCUUGUUUAUGUUUGUACCAGCUGUGUUGUGGCCUAGCGCUCGGAGCGUUCAUACGUAAUGGAGACAAUAAAUGCCAACGCUGCAAUUCUCAGCAAUUAUGAGGUGUGGAUCUUGUUACAAGAAAUUCGAGGAAAAAAACAGCAUAGUAAUGCAUUUGGUCAACUAGCCACUAUCACUUACGAGACUACACGCUACUUGCAAGAUACUCCUUGUAGUCAGCAGACACCAGAAAUUAUUGAAAAUUUUCUGCGUGCACUUGAGCCUUUCAAAUUAACAAAAUCAGAGAAAGUUAUGCUGCUUAACAAUCCACCAACAACACCUUUGGAAAUACAACUGAUGGUUGAAGAGAGUGAAGACAGACUCACAGAUGAGCAAGUUGACCAAUUGCUACAGGUUGUGCAGGACUGUCAAUUGGUUACUUAGAUACAUGGUUGCCUUUAUUAUUAUUAUUAUUAUUUGUUAACAUAUACAAGUGACCAAUUCCACAAAUAUAAAUAUUAUAAUUAUUUAUUACAAUAAAUAGAAAAAUAAUAACUGCACUACCUCUUCUGAUCUCCUAAAUCUUCAAUGCUGUCUUCAUCAAUCUGGAAGGAGAAAGAAAUUGUUUAUGUAAUAGUUGUUUUCACAAUACAUGUACAAGAGAGGACAUGUUGCUUAUGAACUUACUUCUGGCCACUUUUCGGGGAUAAUGUCAAACAAGUCAUCUUUAACAUCACCUUGAAUUACUAUUUCAUCUUCUCCCGUUACAGAAGAUCCACAUGCAAAUUUUGUGCCAAAGAAUUUUGCAGCCACUUUUAAAUCUAUGUCUGAAAAUGAAAUAUAAUAAUUUAGUACAAGAUCACCUAGUUAAAACUAACCUUACAGUGUACAUUAGUAUAAAAUUGUGUAAUUGGUAGUUUGUCUUGAUACUACAUAAGAAAAUAAAGAUUAUGAUAGGUCUCCUUGGCACUCCUAUA